AUGCAUUCAUCAAACAUGCCACAAUACGACAGGCCACCACUGCUUGAUAGCUUUGUGAUUACACGCAUGUGUGACCUCAAUCUCUAUGUCAGUGAAGGACGGAUCAUCCCACUGGCAGGCGUUAGAGUGGAAGAAUUUAUCCCACUGGAAGACGUUAGAGUAGAAGAAUUUAUCCCCCUGGCAGGUGUUAGAGUAGAAGAAUUUAUCCCACUGGCAGACGUUAGAGUAGAAGAAUUUAUCCCACUGGCAGGUGUUAGAGUAGAAGAAUUUAUCCCCCUGGCAGGUGUUAGAGUAGAAGAAUUUAUCCCACUGGCAGACGUUAGAGUAGGAGAAUUUAUCCCACUGGCAGACGUUAGAGUAGAAGAAUUUAUCCCACUGGCAGGUGUUAGAGUAGAAGAAUUUAUCCCCCUGGCAGGUGUUAGAGUAGAAGAAUUUAUCCCACUGGCAGACGUUAGAGUAGAAGAAUUUAUCCCACUGGCAGGUGUUAGAGUAGAAGAAUUUAUCCCACUGGCAGGUGUUAGAGUAGAAGAAUUUAUCCCACUGGCAGGUGUUAGAGUAGAAGAAUUUAUCCCACUGGCAGACGUUAGAGUAGAAGAAUUUAUCCCACUGGCAGACGUUAGAGUAGAAGAAUUUAUCCCACUGGCAGACGUUAGAGUAGAAGAAUUUAUCCCACUGGCAGGUGUUAGAGUAGAAGAAUUUAUCCCACUGGCAGACGUUAGAGUAGAAGAAUUUAUCCCACUGGCAGGUGUUAGAGUAGAAGAAUUUAUCCCACUGGCAGACGUUAGAGUAGAAGAAUUUAUCCCACUGGCAGGUGUUAGAGUAGAAGAAUUUAUCCCCCUGGCAGGUGUUAGAGUAGAAGAAUUUAUCCCACUGGCAGACGUUAGAGUAGAAGAAUUUAUCCCACUGGCAGGUGUUAGAGUAGAAGAAUUUAUCCCACUGGCAGACGUUAGAGUAGAAGAAUUUAUCCCACUGGCAGGUGUUAGAGUAGAAGAAUUUAUCCCACUGGCAGACGUUAGAGUAGAAGAAUUUAUCCCACUGGCAGGUGUUGGAGUAGAAGAAUUUAUAACAUCGUAA